AUGAAAGCGUGGAGCAAGAGCGUUUUUGUAAAUGCAGCGAACCAGAAAUUCGAUAUGAAGUCAACUAUUCAGUAUCCGUACCUCCAUACUUUCUUCUCCCCGGCGUCUGGACUUAGCAGUCUUGGACUACUUCACGAAAACCUUGAGAUUUUCAAUAUUCUUGUACCAUACAAUCCUUCCUUAUUAGAUAUACGCUCACUUUCGCUAUUUACCUCCCUGGGUAUUCUAGAUUUUACCGGUAAUGGAUUGCUUCUAAAGCAUCUUAUUCCUUUGCAGUCAGUAAUAGUAAUGAACCUGGUCCUUAAGAGUAACCCCGAAUUGGAGAGUUUGCCAUUUUCCCGGCCAUUUAUGGUUCUGGCAUUUCCUCUUCUUUGGUGUCUUAAUGGAGAGUACAUUUCAGAUGAGGAGCGCAGGUUAGCUAGGAGGCUCCUUACCGUAAAGGACAAUAACGAGAAGCUGACGCGGCUUCAAAAGCACCUCUUGCGACAGGCAGAGACUGUCAAGGCUGGGGUAGUUGUGCCUCAUUAUCGUGAAUCGAAGUCUUUACUUUCACCAGCCAAACCCUCACAUAAGAUCCUCAAGUUCAACAGAGCAAAGUUUGAGAACCUGCACUCCAAUGCUUCGGUGCCUGAUAAACUUUCGUAUAUCUAUGAAACGUACAACAAGCUCUUCAAUGAUUACCUUGAUAUCACCCCGAGAGAGGACCUCUCUGGAGAUAUACUCAACAGUCUAGUUAUCUCUCAAGAGCUUCUUAACACCUUAGCAGGCUUCAAAAGUCUUUAUCCUCACAAUCUCAGCAUUUUAUUUGUCAGGCUUACCACUCUCAGGAAGCGGAUACCGGCUGAAUUUGGAGCUAUGUUUUAUAUGCACUCCCUCACCCUCCAGAACUUCCCAUUGAUUCUUCGAGCAAUCGAAACGUCUGAACCAGGACAACGGGCAACCUCUCGGCCACCCAGCUCCAGACUUACAAAAUCGACCCUUUCGGCGAGCUUCAGCAAACAGGUGGGGCUAUCAACCGUGUCCACGGCAUCUAUUCAGUGUGAAUCAGAUGUUUCUGUGACACCAAGGCGGCGCACAUCAGCAUCUUUUACUAACGCUUCGGUGUACAGUGAUGCAGGGUUGCAGACGCAAUAUGCACGCGAUCAAUACUCCUUAUCUCCAAUACAUGUUACAUCACCAACGAGAAAGUCUGGGGGGCCGCUGUUUGGAUUCCUUUCGCAGGCACUACGUUCAUGUUGUCUGGGCUAUACAUUCAAGCUUUCAGCAAUAUACUAUGAAGUUCUACGGAAUUAUUAUGGCGAUGGGCCAGUGACAGAGCUUCUUUCGGAACUCUAUGGCACAACCCUCUUGGGCCUAUGCCUCGGGUUCAGCAUGGUGGCAAAACCUCCGGAAUACAGACGUGUCCUGCACACAAUCCUGCUGGAGGAUAUUGGCCGUGGAUGCCAGUUUAGCUUCUACGAUUUUCAUGUACUCACAGAAACGACUGUAUCAUGGUAUCUUACUAUUCCUUAUGACUCUAGGUUUGAUGGGUUAUUUAAACAUCUAAUUGUUGCAAUAAGCAUCGCUGCUAAUAUAUUCAGAGAGUACACGAAGACCCAGAUGUUUAUUAGAGACGGAUUUCUUCCUGAUGAGUUUAAUGAAAAGUUCCAAUCCACUCACUCAGCUCUAGUUAAUGAAAUUACAGGCUCUGCGGACGACUUUGCUUGGCAGGCUUCCUUUUCACAGUAUUCACACAAACACGACGCGAGCCCAUUGAACAGUUUGGGAGCAUCUGGUUCCGCUCGAAACCUCAAGACACCAGAACAGGCUGCUUCCAACGGUCUACCCGUUGACCAUUAUCUUCACAAAGCAAUAUGCACUGCAAAUAUGGCUAUCCUGACAAAGUCUUAUGAUAACAAGGGAAAGCUUUCUGUGAUAGACGAAGCAGCUUCAGACCCACUAACUAACUCGCCUGUAAAAUCGCUAAGUAGGCAAAAUGAACACCCUUGUCAAAUGCCGCUUGGUCAUAGGGUAGAAUCAAAGAGCACUACUCACAAUACUACACAACCUGCUUCAUCAGCUCUUUCAGCCGUGACCGGCAGCCCAGUUAUUUCCAAGCAGCAGAAAUAUAGUACAGCAGAGUAUGCAUCCAUUGCAGAAUCCAUUUAUAAGAAUAACGUCAACAAAGAGCCCAACCUGUAUGACAAACUCGUGCAGACAGGCGCGCGAUUCAUCUACCCACAAGGAGCACAUCCCGUUGGGGGUACCAAAGCUCCUACCAACUUAUCUAAUAGCCACAUAACCACAACAUUCUGCGCAGGGCAAUAUCAUAAGUCAAGAGUUUAUAUCUCUCCAGAUUUUAAGUAUUCACCAGAAGAGCCCAAUGGCUCAAUAGUAGCUGGUUCAGACAUAACUCAAUAUGAUCUAAACAAAAUACAACUGCCUCAAAUAGAAAAAUCCAAAGUGCUUCAAGUGCAGCCGUCAUACCUUUUGGGGAAGAAUAUGGAAGAGCACACAUUAAGACAAGCAAACCUGACUGUAGAAGCAGAUCUAGUCAAGAACUAUGCUUCUAAUGGGUCUAUGCCGAUGCGCCUAAGGUCCACUAACUAUGAGCGUUUGCAGCACGCCGAUGUUCUCAGAUUUUUGAGCAAUAUGAAAGAGAAACCCAGAAUAUCCUAUCCACAUUUAAACCUAGUACAAUCAGAGGUACUACAGGCUCAGCAAAAGGCUCGGGCCGCAUUUAUCCAGGCAGCAAGGCAGACCAGUCCGGGGACGGAGGGUCCUGAGCCAGACACACGACUACCAGUUGAUGACUUACAUAUUAACUCGACAAGUUUAGGGGGAUUAGACACAGUCAAUGAGAUUGGGUAUACAUCACCACACACCCAUGUAGAUAGAGCGAUGAUCACGAGUGGCCCGACAGAAACACUUUAUCCAGAAGCAAGUGCAAAUGAGUCUGUUGAUAGCGUCUUUGAUUCUGUCGGCGAACUCUCAACAUCAACGCAUCAAUUCUUUACAAAACUGGCUGCAACGAGGAAAAGGAUCGCUGAGUUGCCAUUUUUUGAUGAGGAGAAUUAUAAGAGACUUCUUGCUCUUGAAAGUAGAGUGAAAAAGUACUACAAUGAGCAGAUACGAUUACGGGCGGUGACACAGACCACUCAUAGACGCCUCUAUAGCUUAGCACUACGGGAGCAUUUACAGAUAAGCACUACUUAUCGGGAUGAUCCCCUUUUCAAGAGCGGGGUUUUAUCAGUUAUUGAUAUAGAGCAAGCUGGGGGAUACAGUGCUCCCAAACUGCAGAGAAUACAAAUUCAUCCCAAAAGGACGGAUGAGAUCUUGCAGAAGAAUCUUAUUAGACACUUGCCGCGCAUGUUUAAGUCCACUGCUUCACUUAACGAAUCUUUGCAAUUCGAGGCUGUCCUCUCAGGAUAUCAGAAAAAGCUAGACGAGGUCGUCUGUGCGUUAGAGUCUGUCGCCUGCCAAGAAUCACCACUGGUGCUCGCUAAGUCUGAUGCUUUCUUGACAGAGCUAGAGCAGUAUGUGGACGGCGCAAACCUUUCUGGAUGCAAUGAGCUGACUGAAGAAACUAGUGACCUCAGUGACGACGCCUCAAAGAACUACUUAAAGGAUAAAGAGCUUUUAGAACACCAUGUAGUUGUCUCUGGCGGUGGCCAAAGAUCGCAAAAGCGGUAUAAUUCUCAGGUAGUUCCUGAUGACAUGCCUGCAGCAAAGUCUAUUGAUCAGGCACCAAAGCCUGCUAAUUGCAUAUCUACUGAUCCAGACUCUUCUCAGCGCCCCGCCGUUUCGCUGGGUCUGAACGAUUUUCAGACAGAAACGGAGUUGUCAGGUCCUGCUCCCCAACUAGCUCAAAGUACGUUACCAGCUCCAGAUUGUCCCAUGCCUGUGCUGGCCGUAGACGGGUUUUCUGCUAUGGUGAACACAGACCAGAAGAGUGACGUGAUACCCUUUGUAGGAUCUCAGCCACCAGGGACGGAAUUCACAGAGAGCUCAAACCUUAUAAUAACAGCCAUGAUGCAGGACGAAAUGUCACCUAGUAAAAGCUGA